AAUCUUUCUUCUUAGCGGAUGAAUAUCUUCUCCGUGAAAACUUGGAUGCAGAGACGCGGGAAAUGACCAUCACUGUCCCAGAAGCAAAACCCAUAUCCACCAAGAAGCUGAGCGAAACCAGAAAAUGAUGUCAAAGCUGUCAUUUUUCCGAGCCAAUUCCCUUCCAUUCCCAGUCUUCUCUCGCUGCUCCGCUCGUCUCAUCCAUAAACCCAAUCCCGCGCCUAAAACCCUUAUCUUAUGCGUCUUCUCCGGUAAUCUCACAUCCACCACUGUUCCCUACGGCCCUUCUCUUCUGAAAGGGAAGAAGCCUUUGCCAAAUGACCUCAGAUUGGCUUCAAUCGAUUCCCAUCGAGGCAAAUUUGAAGAAUCAAUCGACAAAGAUGUUCUUCUGGACGAAGACGAAUUCACUAGGAUUUUCGAGAUUUCCGCCGUUCGGGUCCCGGCGAAGGACUGCUUCGCGCUCGAGAAUCGUCUCCGUGGUCAUCUCCUUAAUUGGCCUAGGAUACGCAACAUUGCUAGGGUUCCCGGAGACGAAGUCGACGAAGAAAUGAUGAAGCUGUUGGGCCGUGAGACUGAAGAAGAUGAAGGAGAUAGUGUUGUGGAUUCGGUUAAUCGGAGAAUAAGAGGAAAAGCAGAAGGGGACGGAGAGAGACUGAGUUCAGUGUUGCACAGAGAUCAACUCGCCAGGACAUUUAAUUCUACUGGGUAUCUCAAAUUCAGGAACUUGGCCAAAAUUUCUCGGCCAAAGAGGAAGCGCAAGGCAGAGAAAGUAGAGGGUAAGGAAAAAGUAAAAGAAAGAGGAAACAGACGCAACGAAUUCGCGGUGGUGGAAGUGGUGGAAGAUCGAGGAGGAACGGAGGAUUUUGAGGGGUUACUCGGAGAAGGUUAUGGUAGUAGAGGAAUAUGGAGAGGUUCUACAAGAUUGUUGCUUUUGGAUGAGAAAUAUUCCGGUGAGGAAGUUCAAGACUUGCCCGAGACUAUCAAGGCUCUGUUCGCAGAAGUGAAAAAGACUGAUGCAAGCUUAAGCUUCGAGCUAGUAAAGUGCAGACUGACUUUGUUCUAUGACUAUUGGCCUAUGAAUGAGGUAUUGGAGUCUUUGCUACCAAAAGGUAUGAUUGUGCCUUCAGCAUUUGAGAUGGUGGGACAUAUUGCGCAUCUGAACCUAAGAGACGAGCAUCUACCCUACAAGAGGCUCAUAGCUAAGGUAGUUCUGGAUAAGAAUCAGCCAAAGAUACAAACCGUUGUAAAUAAGAUUGAUCCUAUUCACAAUGACUUCAGAACAAUGCAGCUAGAGGUUUUGGCCGGAAACCAUUCCCUGGUGACGCUAGUUGUUGAAAAUGGACUGCGCUUCCAUGUUGAUUUAGCUAGAGUAUAUUGGAAUUCGAAACUUGGGACAGAGAGACAGAGGCUUCUGCUUGGGUUCGACCACAAUGACGUUGUCUGUGAUGUUUUCGCUGGAGUGGGUCCAAUCGCCCUUGCUGCAGCAAGAAUUGUAAAACGUGUAUACGCCAAUGACCUGAACCCUCAUGCAGUAGAAUACAUGGAGCAAAAUAGUGUUGUCAAUAAGCUAGAGAAGAGAAUCGAGGUCUUUAAUAUGGACGGGAGAAGAUUCAUAAAGGCUAUGUUUUCAAGUGAUAAGGGUCAAAAAGUCACCCAAGUAGUCAUGAAUCUACCAAAAGAUGCCGCUGAAUCUCUAGAUGCAUUUCGGGGAGUAUACAACGACAGGCAAAGAGAUGAAGACUUAUCUUUCCCAACCAUCCAUGUCUACGGAUUCUCAAAGGCUCCUGAUCCGGAAUUCGACUUCCAUGAGCGGAUAAGGAUUGCUUUAUCUGAGGUGGCCGUGGACGUCAAAAUGCGGAAGGUACGGCUGGUGGCUCCUGGAAAAUGGAUGCUAUGUGCUUCCUUCAUACUUCCCAAGAGUGUAGCCUUCUCAAGAAGAAACAUAAAUUGUGUGUAGGUUAAAAAGAAAGUGGCAGAGUAUAGGGGGCACAUUUGCAAAUACGAAACCUACAUAUUUGUACUUUCAGCCAGUAAUACUUGCAGUGUCAUUGUUGAAGAACAAGACAACUAACAAGUGAAAGGGACAAUAGCUUUUGUUACAUUAUUUAAUAUUUAGAAAAAUACUCUCUCG